AAAAUUGAGGAACAAGUGCCAUAAUGGCUGCCCUAAAACCUAAUGAAAGCAAGUUGAAUACAUUGGUGCAGAAACUUCAUGACUUUCUGGCACAGUCUUCUGAAGAAUCUGAAGAGGCACAUUCUCCUCCAAGACUGACUAUGAGCAAGGUUAUAGAUAAAGGCAGUAGAUCUGGAAAUUCUUCAGAUCCAAUGGAAGUCAUCAAGGAAGAGGGGAGUACCUCUUCAGAGAAAGCCAAAUCUUUAGGACCACAUCGUUCAAAAAGGAAGCCUACAGUUGUAACAAAAUAUGUAGGAUCAGAUGACGAAAAAGUAUUUGAUGAUACUUUAAAUCCAGAUGUUUCCAUUGACACUUCAGAAACUGAUAUAGCUAUGCAAAGCUUGCCUAAAGGUACAGUGGUUGUACAACCAGAGCCAGUGCUGAAUGAAGACAAAGAUGAUUUUAAAGGGCCUGAAUUUAGAAGCAGAAGUAAAAUGAAAACUGAAAGUCUCAAAAAACGCGGAGAAGAAGGUCUGCAUGGAAUUGUUAGCUGCACAGCUUGUGGACAGCAAGUGAACCAUUUCCAGAAGGAUUCAAUUUAUAGACACCCUACACUGAAAGUCCUGAUUUGUAAGAAUUGCUACAAAUAUUAUAUGAGUGAUGAUAUUAGUCGUGAUGCAGAUGGAAUGGAUGAACAGUGUAGGUGGUGUGCAGAAGGUGGAAACUUGAUUUGUUGUGACUUCUGCCACAAUGCUUUCUGCAAAAAAUGCAUUUUGCGCAACUUAGGUCGAAAGGAGUUAUCUGCAAUAAUGGAUGAAAACAACCAAUGGUAUUGCUACAUUUGCCGCCCAGAGCCUUUGUUGGACUUAGUCACUGCAUGUGAUAGUGUAUUUGAGAAUUUAGAACAAUUAUUACAACAAAACAAAAAGAAGAUAAAAGUUGAAAAUGAAAAGAAUAAUAAAUUAUUUGAACACUCACACAAAUUUUCUCCAAAGAAAAAUGUUUCAAAUUGUAAUGGAGAAGAAAAGAAAGUGGAUGAUUCUCAUUCUGGAAGUGUAACUUACUCUUUUACAGCACUAAUGGUGCCAAAAGAAAUUGUUAAAAAGACAAAAAAGCUGGUUGAGACCACUACAAGCAUGAAUGCAAGUUUCGCAAGAUUUUUGAAACAGGCCUCUGAAAAUUCAGAAAUGAGCACAGUGGUAAAGUUACGUCAACUUAAAGCUUUUAAAUCUGUGCUGAAUGAUAUCAAGAAGGUUCAUCAUUCAUUAGAAGAAGGAGUGAAUAUGGAGAUUCGUGCUUUGGAUACUUUAAACAAAGAGACUGUUACCAUGGAGCAUAAAGCUGAUAGUCUUAAACCAGAAACUGAAGUUACAAAAUUAGAAAUAUACUAUGAGUCUAAAAAGAAGGACUUUUCAAAAUGUGAUACUAAAUUUUCAAUGAAGCGAGUUGGCAAUGAAACAGUUGGUCAGAGUCUUCCAGUGGUGGGACAACCAGCAAAUAAAAGUGCUGGUGCUGAAGAUAAGAAAUCUAAUAGAAAGGAAGCUCGCUUUGAGCCUGCCAACACUUCUGAAGCCUUAGAUAUGGAUAUUGUUUCUGUUCCUUCUUCGGUCCCUGAAGAUAUUUUUGAGAAUCCUGAAGCUGCUAUGGAAGUUCAGGUUUCAUCUGAACACCAACGGGAUGGCAGUAAUGCUGCAGAGCGAGAUGUAGAGCAUUCUGUAAAACCAAAAGACCACAAAGGAGGUACCAAAUUCAAAAUAUCAGCUAAGGUAACAAAAGAAUUGUAUGUUAAACUCACUCCUGUUUCCCUUUCUGAUUCUCCAGUAAAAGCUGCUGAUUGUCAGGAGGCAACACAAGAAAAAGAAGAAAACAAAAGUUCUGGUGUUAAUCCUAAGACAGAGAACCGUAGCUCUCAAAAGGAAAGAAGUUGUGAUGAUGAUUUUGUUGAAAAUGACAUUCCAUUAGUUUCAGAAGAAGCUGACCUUCGAAGAUCCCCACGUGUAAAGACUACCCCUCUAAGGCGACAGACUGAAGCCAACCCUAUCACAUCCAAUUCAGAUGAAGAAAGUAAUGAUGUGUAUAAUGAAAAGCGUAAAAGAAAGUCAUUAGUGCAGUCAGUAAAAAAGGAUAAACGGACUUCUUCUGAUAGUGCCAUCGAUAGUCCUAAACCUACUAAGGUGCCUAAAUGUAAACCAUUGGAGACCGUGGCUCCUAGUUCAGACUCUGAAGAAAUUCCUGCAGUUCUCAAAGAAGUAGCUAUGAUGAGUCACAGUUCUUCUGAUACUGAACAGAAUGAAACAAAUGAAAAUGUUCCAAAGAAGUCUCUAUAUGAUUUAAAGACUCAAACAUCCAAAGGUGACAAAGGAAAGAGAAAAAGGAAAAACUCUACUUCUGGUUCUGAAUUUGAUACAAAGAAAGGCAAAGGAAUUAAAAGCUUCACAGGAUCUAAAAAGAAACGCCAAAGCCAUUCAGAAUCUUCCAAUUAUGAUUCUGAAUUAGAAAGAGAGAUAAAGAAUAUGUGUAAAAUUGGAGGUGCCAAACAAUCCAAAAAAAGACAUUCAAACAAAGAAGAUGAUGGUUCUUCUGAAGAUGAAAAGCAAAAUGCAAAAGGAAUGGGCAAACAAAAGAAAAAAGGUGCAAAGACUCUAAUGAAUGAAUCAUCCGAUGAUGAUGGAGAAGACAGACAAAAGAGUUCUUGCUUUUCAGAAGAUACAGUUGAUAAAGAAAACAUGACCUCAGAACAAAGAGAACCAGUAACUAAGAAAGAUGCAGCGACAUCAUCUGAUGUUCACAAAACUUAUGUGAAAGAAGAGGUUUGCUCUUCUCCUGAAACCUGUAAGGAAGCAGAAGCUAUUGAACAAAGUCGUCAUCUGAAAAGCAAACCUAUGAGAAAGGAGAGUUCAUUUGAUGAUGUUGCUGAAAAGUCCUCACAAAAAGAGGAGAGUGGGGACUCUUCUGAAGAUGAGAAGAAACAGAAGAAAAGGAGAAUUGAAACAAAAGAAAAGAAAACUUCAGAACUGAAAAAGUUUCCCAGUCAGGAAAACGAGGUGACAUCAUCUGAUAUUAUUGAAAAGUCACUUGAUAGAGAAGACAGUUCCCAUUUGCCUGAAGAUCUUGACCAAAGUAAGCAAGGUUCAGCUGAAGCAGAAAAGAAAAGUAAAAAGUUAAGAGAGAAAAGUUCUAAAAAGAAGGAAGAAGUAUCUGAUGAUAUUGAAAAGUUAACAGGGAAAGGAGAAAGUGGUGAUUAUUCUGAAAGUAAAAAAGGAGUAUCUGGUAGGGAAAGGAAAAGGGAAAGCUUAGGGGAGAAAAGUUCAAAGACUGUUCAAUAUGGUUCAUCUUCUGAUGUUGAGAAGUGUCUCCCAAAAGAAGAGUGCUGUGAUUCUUCUGAUGAAAAGAGAAGGAAAAGGAUAGAGUCUCGGGAAAGGAGAAAUCUAAGUGCAAAAAGAAAUAUCAAGACAAAACAAAGUGGCUCAUCAUCUUCUGAAGCAGAGGAGUCACUUUCUGAGGAUAGCAAACGAAAAAAGAAAACAUCCCUGACAAAGAAUAAGAAAAAAGAAACUGUAAAAGACAAAAAGAAGAAGUCCCCCAAAAGAAGUGGUAAAAAGCAACAAGAAAUUAUUAGUUCUUCUUCUGAUGAAUUGGGAGAUGAUGACCAGAAUUCCACAGGCGAGGGGAGUGGUGACGAGCAGAAAAUUAAGCCAGUGACAGAAGACGUAACAUUGCCUUCAAAUGUUCAUUCUUCAGGUGAUGAAGCUGACAGACGAGAUCCUGUCAAUGUGGAUGAUGAUGAAGAUGAAGAUGAUCCUGAGAAUAGAAUCGCCAAAAAGAUGCUCUUGGAAGAAAUCCAGGCUAAUAUUACCUCUGAUGAAGAUGCAUCUUCAGAUGAAGAACCAACUAAAAUGAAAAAACGAGCCGUGAAACAAAAUGAAGAAAACACAGGCGAUGAAAUGGAGAACGAUGAGCAUGAUGAACACGGCAACUCUGAUACCGAUUCUGACUGUGAACAAUCCAAGAAGCCUCGAUAUCGGCACAGACUAUUACGCCACAAACUGUCCGUGAGUGAUGGAGAGUCGGGAGAAGAAAAGAAAUCAAGACCCAAAGAGACAAAGGAAACCAAACGCAGAAAUAGGAGGAAAGUGAGCAGUGAAGAUUCUGUUGAUACUGAUUUUCAAGAAUCAGGGGUAAGUGAAGAAGUAACCGAGUCUGAAGACGAUCAGCGCCCUAGAACAAGAUCAGCAAAGAAAGCAGAGCUUGAAGAAAAUCAACGGAGCUAUAAGCAAAAGAAGAAAAGACGACGCAUUAAGGUUCAAGAGGAUUCCUCGAGUGAAAAUAAGAGUAAUUCUGAAGAAGAAGAUGAAAAUGAUGAUUCCAAGUCUCCUGGAAAGGGAAGGAAGAAAAUUCGAAAGAUUCUUAAAGAUGACAAACUGAGGACUGAAACACAAAAUGCCUUGAAAGAAGAAGAAGAGAGGAGAAAACGUAUUGCAGAGAGAGAACGAGAGAGAGAGAAAUUAAGAGAGGUAAUAGAAAUUGAAGAUGCUUCACCUAUUAAAUGUCCCAUUACAACAAAAUUAGUUUUAGAUGAAGAUGAAGAAACCAAAGAACCUUUAGUUCAGGUUCACAGAAACAUGGUUACCAAGUUGAAACCCCAUCAAGUAGAUGGUGUUCAGUUCAUGUGGGAUUGCUGUUGUGAAUCUGUGAGUAAAACCAAGAAAUCAGCGGGUUCUGGAUGCAUCCUUGCCCACUGCAUGGGUUUAGGAAAGACAUUACAGGUGGUGAGUUUUCUUCAUACAGUUUUGCUGUGUGACAAAUUGGAUUUUAGUACAGCUCUGGUGGUAUGUCCUCUUAACACUGCUUUGAACUGGAUGAAUGAAUUUGAAAAAUGGCAAGAUGGAUUAGAUGAUGAAGAAAAACUUGAGGUCUCAGAAUUAGCCACUGUGAAACGUCCUCAGGAGAGAAGCUACAUGCUGCAAAGAUGGCAGGAAGAUGGGGGUGUCAUGAUUAUUGGCUAUGAAAUGUAUCGAAAUCUUGCUCAAGGAAGGAACGUCAAGAGUAGGAAACUAAAAGAAAUAUUUAACAAAGCUCUUGUUGACCCAGGUAAGCUAUUUAUCUGUGUUGAGAUAAAGAAUUAUGCUUCCACCAAAUAUGUGCUGACUGGCAGUGUGAUUUUUUUUAAUGUUUACCUUUUGUUAUCAGGUGUUGGUAAUAGCAAUGAAGGCGGAAGAGGGAAAGCAGGAGCAAAACUUUUCCAGGACUUCCAGAUGUUAAGCAGAAUCUGGACUCACCCCUGGUGUUUGCAGCUGGAUUAUAUAAGCAAAGAAAACAAGGGAUAUUUUGAUGAAGACAGUAUGGAUGAAUUUAUAGCUUCAGAUUCUGAUGAAACCUCAAUGAGUUUAAGCUCCGACGAUUAUACUAAGAAAAAGAAGUCAAAGGGAAAGAAAGGGAAAAAGGAUACUAGCUCAAGUGACAGUGGCAGUGAUAAUGAUGUAGAAGUGAUCAAAGUUUGGAAUUCAAGGUCACGAGGAGGUGGAGAUGGAAGUGUGGAGGAAAUACCCAACAUCUCUGCAGUUUCUUUUAAACAGGAAGAAAGUAAAACAGCUUCUUCUUCCAACCCAAGCAGCCCAGCUCCAGACUGGUACAAAGACUUUGUGACUGAUGCUGAUGCUGAGGUCUUAGAACAUUCGGGCAAAAUGGUGCUUCUCUUUGAAAUUCUGCGCAUGGCAGAGGAACUUGGAGACAAAGUUCUCGUUUUUAGCCAAUCUCUCAUAUCAUUGGACUUGAUUGAAGAUUUUCUUGAAUUGGCUAGUAGGGAGAAAUCAGAUGAUAAAGAUAAGCCUCUUAUUUAUAAAGGGGAGGGGAAAUGGUUUCGAAAUAUUGACUACUAUCGUUUGGAUGGCUCAACUACUGCACAGUCAAGGAAGAAAUGGGCUGAAGAGUUUAAUGAUGAGACAAAUGUGAGAGGCCGACUAUUUAUCAUUUCUACCAAAGCAGGAUCUCUUGGAAUUAAUCUGGUGGCUGCUAACCGAGUGAUCAUCUUCGAUGCCUCCUGGAAUCCAUCCUAUGACAUCCAGAGCAUAUUCAGAGUUUAUCGCUUCGGACAAAAUAAGCCUGUGUACGUCUAUAGGUUCUUGGCUCAGGGAACUAUGGAGGAUAAAAUCUAUGAUCGUCAAGUCACCAAGCAGUCUUUAUCUUUCCGUGUUGUUGACCAACAACAAGUAGAGCGUCAUUUUACUAUGAAUGAGUUGACUGAGCUUUAUACCUUUGAACCAGACUUAUUAGAUGAUCCAAAUUCUGAAAAGAAGAAGAAAAGGGAUACUCCCAUGCUGCCAAAGGACACAAUCCUUGCAGAAUUGCUUCAGAUACAUAAAGAACAUAUUGUAGGAUAUCAUGAGCACGAUUCUCUUUUGGACCACAAAGAGGAGGAAGAGUUGACUGAGGAGGAGAGAAAGGCAGCUUGGGCUGAAUACGAAGCCGAAAAGAAGGGACUCACCAUGCGUUUCAACAUGCCAACUGGGACCACUUUACCUCCUGUCAAUUUCAACUCACAAACCCCAUAUAUUCCUUUCAAUUUGGGAGCCCUGUCAGCAAUGAGUAAUCAACAGCUUGAGGACCUCAUUAAUCAAGGCAGAGAAAAAGUUGUAGAAGCAACAAACAGCGUGACAGCAGUGAGGAUUCAGCCCUUAGAAGACAUCAUUUCAGCUGUAUGGAAGGAAAACAUGAAUCUGACAGAAGCCCAAGUGCAAGCUUUGGCAUUAAAUAGACAAGCCAGCCAGGAGCUUGAUGUGAAAAGGAGAGAAGCAAUCUACAAUGAUGUAUUGACAAAACAACAGAUGUUAAUCAGCUGCGUUCAGCGGAUCCUGAUGAACCGGAGGCUCCAGCAGCAGUACAAUCAGCAACAGCAGCAACAGAUGUCUUAUCAACAGGCCGCCCUGAGUCACCACCUCAUGAUGCCAAAGCCUCCCAAUUUAAUCAUGAAUCCUUCCAACUACCAGCAGAUUGAUAUGAGAGGAAUGUAUCAGUCAGUGGCCGGCGGCCUGCAGCCUCCGCCGCUGCAGCGUGCACCGCCCCCGAUGAGAAGCAAAAAUCCUGGACCUUCCCAAGGGAAAUCAAUGUGA